UUGGAAAAAUAAAACUACUACUACCUACCAAAUUACCAAAUGCCAUGGUAAUAAACUGUCAAAGCCUUAUUCAAAAUCUGAAAAUUAAUAAUAGAAUAUUUCCAAAACAAAAACAAAUGUCCACUGAAAACUCUGGCUAUUUAUCAAUUACAGACAUAUUAGUUACAACUGAAAAAGUGCCAUGUAAAUUUUUACAUGAUCUUCCUAAAAUGGGUGUGUAAAAUGAUUCUUAGACCCUUCUGCUGCUGAUGUUGACCUAAAAGCCGGCUGCAGUGUAGAAAUACCACUAUGGCUAGCCGAAUCCUUAUAUUCUAGAAGACCUCCUCUGGUUAGCGUAGAAUUGCCAAAAAUCUAUAAAGAAUCAUAUAGAGAGAUCCUAAAUGCGGAUGCGUGCGCGGUCGAUCUUCAUAAGUUAGGGCAGCAUUUCUAUGAACUUGGAUGCUAUGUAGCUAAACAUGAUAUCAAAAGCGAAGUUGCUGCUACAUUAAACAAUACAUAUCGUCAAAGGUUUAGAAUGUUAUUGGCUGCCAGUAUGUCGAGUGACUCAAUAAACACAAUGCAACCACUUUCUGCUAGUGAGAGAAUACAAGCUGCAGAUGCUUCUAAUACUGAGAGAUCAUUUUUAACCUGGUUACAAAGAGGAGACACUCCAUUGACAACAGCUAAUAUGGUUGCAAAUCACAGGAAAAGAAAGCGUGCUGAAAUGGAAAUGCUAUAGACAUUUGAACACCAACAAAAUAAUCUCUGAUUAUAGUAUAGUACUUGAUGUAGUUUUUGAUGGUUUGAAUUAAGAUGUUUUUUUUUUUAACCUUUUUUUAUUGUAGUAAAUUUUCAGAAGGUUCCUUUUCCAGAAUGCUCUCUUUACACAUUUUACAAACAAAAGCAUUUUUAAAGAACAUCUGUAAUAAACAUCAGUUAAAUUGUACUCAAUACUUUUUUACAAUUGGGAUGUUGCAUCAAUUCAAACUCAUUAAAAUUAAUGAUUAAUGAAUAGGGUUCAACAAAUUUAGCAAGGAUAUUAAAUAUCUGUUCUGAAAAGAGAAUUGAAACCUUAUAAUUUAGUAGUGGUGUGGUCACUGUCAAACAAAAAUUUGUAGCAUCUAAUGUUUCAUGAUGUUACUUCAGUUAUGUUAUGGUACUGCAAAUCUACCCCUGUGAGGAGGCAGUCUCCUCCCGGCGAUAGUCACGGCGCAACCUGAGGGGGUUGAGGCUGCGCCGCACGCCACCGUCAUUCUAGCACGCUGGCACCAGGAGAAUGGGAAGAGGUGUGUGCAGCUGCGGUCUGCGAUGCGGUUCGCGUCGUCGUUGCUAUCGUCGCCGAAUAUACUGUGGAAGAGCAACCCGGUUGGCGGUGUAUCGCGUUCCGACCCAGCAAGUUGGUUCUAACCCAGUAGGGUAUCACGGAACACCAGCGGCAUCGCCCGGGCGGCCUGGUAGGGCCGCCGUACCGCGGAGGUCGGCGUUGUUGGUCGUCGACUAUCGCCUCGACGACCCGUCGAUCGGGUAUAAGAGUGCGGGGGAGUCGUUUAGUGCGGUAGGGCCCUAAAACUCCUUGGGCCCGCGCUCUAGGGGUGGCGCCGUGUCCUCGUCGCAAAAAUAGGGAACGACUUGUCGUUGACGAGUGUUGUGGCAUCGAUGCACGGCGACGACGAGUCGUGGAAGGUGAUGCUCGACUUCUGCGAGUGCACCAUCUCGCAGAAGGAGGCGGCGAGGCGCGUGAAAGACGCACAAUCCCGCCGCCGUCGAGCGGGGGCCAGGGAGGCGGAUCUCGCCCAAGCCCUGGCCCUCUAAGUGUUUCGGGUCCCCCUCACAUGUCGGUCUGGGGACCGGCGAGGGGGGCCUAAGAAGACGACGUGCAAGCUGCUCUGCAUGCGUUUUACGCAAGAGCAUCCGGGUGAUAGAAGACCGGCUAUCCUCGAUUCACGCUGGUUCUGGUCCAGCGGGGUAUUCCGUAGGAUAGCUCACUCUAACCGGCGCCAUCUAGGCGGGCUUCGGAUAGCCUGCCGACCGAGAGGGCUGGUGGUCGUGGCGCCGACGACCGCCAGUCCGGCGUCCCGAGGGGGAGGGUGAUGGGAGAGAUGUGCUCCGCACUAAACGCUUCACUUUCCCCCCUCUGCCUCUUCAUGAGUUCUGUCUCAUGCGAGGUUUGGACGUUGGUUGUUGAGCGACAGGAGGUUUUAGUCAGUUCGACUCUGACAUGCCCCGCCCUCCAUCCCCAGUGGAGGGCGGAAGUCCGGCGAUUUCCUCCUGACGAAAAAAAACUGCUCCCAACAUCAGCAGAUCGUCAAGUUCCACAUACCCCGCGCGUCCCCUUAGGCGCGGGAACCUCGGAGGAAGUUCGCACCCAGAAAAUAAAAGGCACUGCAAAACUAACACUGACAUUGUUUUCACAAAGAGGUUCUGCAGUUUCCCAUGUCUUAAUUCUAUUUAUCCUUGGAAAAAUUGGAAUUCCUAUUUAGUUGUUGCAAGUUCAGGAUUCAAAAAAAGGACUAAAAGUUCAUGCCAAAGUAUAAUGGGAAAAACACAUUGCGUAACUCAGUAUUGAUAAAGACAGCGGUUCCAGGUGAUGGAGUUCAACAAUGCUCAUUUUGCUGAAACAAUACCUCGAAGCACUCUCCAGGUAACAUAAGGUACAAAACAUACAGUUUCUUUAACUGUGGACUUCAAGAUACAUGACAGCUGGAUUAUAGACAAUCCAAACGGCCAUGGAGUUUUUAAGAAGUCAAAUGAAAGUAGCAGAUUUAUUGGGUCUUUGGUCCAAAGAUGGAAGCAGUAGGUUGGGCGAAGCCCUAGCUGUGCUUUGCAGAGUACAAGGCUUUUUCCAGACAUUAUCUAACCUAGCUAAUCCUUUCAUUAUAACAGGGUGUAAAAGACAACUACAAAGAAAUUAAUUCUACAGCUUUAUAUUUAGCAUGUUUUGUUUUCGUUGCAAUCGCGCUUUCAAUCUUCGAAUACGUGACACAUUAAUGCCAUGCUAUUUAUAUAGUAGGUAGGUAGGUAGCUAAAGUUCAAAGAUUUGUUUGCGAGAAAUGCCAGUCUUAGGGGUGUCAAUAUUUCGUAUAUUAUUAUAAACUAUUACUAUUGCUUUAAUGUAAAUAAAAUGUAUACUUCAUACUAUACGUACAGAAAUCGUUGCAUUACAGAAUUUUAAAAUAUAAUGGAAAUAACCAUUUCUUUAUUCCACUUUGGUUUGGUUUGAGUAUACUAGUUCUUCAAUAUGAGAUCUCUGCGCCCAUUCAAAAUCAUUCAAUAAUAGAAGUGUUUUAAGUCUCGAAGUUAAAUCAAUUAGUACCCACCUAUAUACGUAAUGUAUACUUAAUUAAGACCUAAUUCCAUCACAAAUUUGCUUUGUAGAUUUAGAAUACACUCGUAUUGACGAAUUUGGUAUAUGGUGCUGGCGAAAUAGUGAACAAUUUUGGAUGGUCCAUUGUACCAACGUGUUAAUUUUCUGUAAAGUUCAAUAUUCAUACGAGACUAUCGGCUAUCUAUCUACUGAAGUGCAAGGUCAUAUUAACAGGAAACUGAUCAUUUUGAAAAUUACAUGAUCACGGAUGAAAUUUCCAGAAAGAAGCCCAGAGGAUGAAGCACGAUACGUUGAACUGACACAAUUUCGCAGCACGCUUCAUUUGAAAGUCAAUAGUGGACUCCACGCAGGCACAAUAAUUCGGUGCAAAAUGGUCUCAGAAGUUAUUUUUCGUGGCAGCAGCAGUCUCUCCGUGCGACGUCUAAACAUUUGUUCCAAGAUGAGCAGCGGUAUUCGGGUUAUGAUGUCUGUAUGCACGUGUAGCCGCUUUACGCUAUGUGUGAAGUGAGACGCUGACCUACACGAAGACCUGGGCCUCCGGAAUGCGGAAAUACAUUAAGUCAGAGUCGGAACGGUACUUCGAUAAAGCUAUGCGCGCCCUAGAUACCUACGUCCUUACGGGUCCAUUAAAUCCAAUCACCUUUGCACUUACGCCUUUAGCUCUAACACUAGGAGCAGGCUUAGGGAUCCCGGUAACCGUUCUCGUCGAACUCUACAAGUUUGACGUUCAACCUAACCCAUGCAUCAGCUCGCUGAGUUUCUCGCCAGAUCUUUUCAGCGGGUCGCGAUUCCGAUCCGAUAGGUAGUAGAUUCAUUCGCGAAGCAGCUGCUUUUGAGUUAUUAGAUCUCCUUCGGAGUCGCUCGGGCAGCUGUUAGCAAAUCCAACCCCUCCUGGCUGAGCCUUUGCUCACGCACCUGUCCUGGUGAAACCGGAAAGGCGUACGGGCCACAAGUAAUCCUUAAAACAUUAUUGUCAUGUACUGUACGAUCUGAAGUAAUUGUAACUAUUUUAAUGUUCUCAUUUAAGUGAAUUUAUGUAAUUCUUUUGAGAAUAAAGAAUAUCUUUAACCCGAAAACAUAAUAUGUGGUAUAAGUUGGGACAUGGAUUAAAAGUUUACAAUUAGAAGGAUUAGACAACCAUGUUAAUUGUUUUUGACGUCAAGACACUGAGCUCUAUAAAUGCAUUCGAUUCAAUUGCCAAACUUCAAUACGAUAUCCAAUUUGUUCACAUGUACAUUAAAAUAUAAUGGACCCUCUUAGACGUUGUCCGUUUAGACCAUUUUCCGGCCAGUCAUUCCCAAAUUUAUACCAAGAUUAUCUAAUACCUUUUUCACAAAGAAAUUCUUACCGGCCAUGGUGGAAUCAAAGUUGGCAGAAUGAUUUUGGCUCACGAAUUAUAGAAGAAAAAGAAAAGUAUAAAAUAUGCCUGGACGUCCAACAUUAUCAACCGGAAGAUAUUAGUGUCAAAGUAACAGACAGUGAAAUAAUCGUAGAAGCAAAACAUGAAGAGAGACAAGAUAAAACGGGUUUCAUUUCCAGACAAUUCAAGAGGAGGUAUGUACUACCUAAAGAUUGUCCGGCGGAUAAUGUAACUUCAACUUUGUCUUCAGAUGGUGUUCUAAGUAUUAUUGCUCCGAAAAUAUUUUUAAAAGACACAGGAAAAGUUGUACCAAUCAAAUUUUGCGGAUAUAAUCAUAUCGCCUCAAAUUUUGAUAGCAAAGUAAAAAACAAAACAGAACUUAAAAACAUACCAAAUGAAUCUGAUUCUAAAAGUGAACGUAAAGAGUUGGAACGUAUUACUGAAAAAAUAGAAUUGAAACCUACAAGUGAAGCUAAAGAAUGGGAAUUUAAGAAUGUUAAUACGGAAACAGAAUAUAAAACUAAUGUAGAAAUUAAUGAUCCUAAAUUUUUCCGAGAUUUACAACCUAGAAGUGAAUUUGGUGUGACACAAAAAGAUAUCGAUGAAGCAAUUAAAGAAGCUAAUGAACUUAUAAAUCGCAACAAGGCAGAAAUCUCCGAACAUAGUCGUUUGAUAGCGUCACAAUUUGAAGGUGAUUCCCUAGAUUCCAAAAAAUUAUAUUCAAAUGUCGAUGCUGUAUCGUAUAACGCUAAUGAAUUGACAGAAAAGAAAGGUUCUGAAAUGUUAAAAUUGACAGAACAAUUUUCUCAGACCUCUCUGCAUGCGUCGUCGAAUGUUGAAAAUGUGUUUUCCAUGAAAAAUACAACAGAAUCUAUGAGUCAACAAUCCUCCUUAUUAAACAAAUCUUAUUCAGAAACUAUUGGUACAGGAACUGAAAUGACUUCUACUAAAGACAUUAGCGCCGAACUCGACGAGGCCGCCGAAAAUGUGUGAUUAAAAUUACUUUUUUUAUUAAACUAUAUGAUAGUUUGUUAUCUUUAACCCCUCAACGCUACAGUGUGAAACUACGUUAAAAAAUGGCCAUGUACUCCAGUAAAACAAUUAUAUUAUACUUUAUUAAAAGAACGAAAUAAAUUAUGAACACAUUUAAGGUGGCUAUCAACCUUUAGCAGUUACAUUUAUCUAACGGCUUUGAUAAUAAUCACUAAGUACUUGAGAAGUGAUUUCAUCUGUGCUUAAUAGUAUUAGUAGCCCUAGGGUACCCAGCUGGUAUAUAGAGCCCUCACAAGUUGUCUCCACUCACCGUCUUGCGCUUGCUCCAUAACAUCACUCCAGGUCAGGUAUAUAUGUAUGUACAUAGGUAUAAUGGUAUACUUUGUAUUAAUUAUUGAGUCUGUUAAGAUUAUGAUAGUGAUUCAGAACAGGAGCAAACAAAGAAAACAUUGACUUUAAAAUUGAUUUUAUUACGGUUUUUCGUAUUGCACGCAGUGCAACAGUUUUAAAUCGGCCGACUAUAUAAUUAAAUUAUCAAUGAGCUGUCGUACUAUGUCAUCUGCGUUUCAAAGCAGGUUCAAUAAAUAUAAAAUGACUAAAAACAAAAAAUAUUUAUGUUCAAAAUAAGUACUACCAUAAUUUUAUUUUUAUUUCAGCCUCUAGAUGUGUAUAAUCCUUUGUUGACGUGUGUUAAUCGUGAUUCGUUUUCUGUGUGCUUAGUGCGAUUUUUUUAACGCUCUCGAUAGCGUAAAAGUUGGAGUGGGAGUAGGAGCGUUCGCUUAUGUUUGCCGCUAGGGGCGCUGUUCCAACUGCAUACAAAUUUGAGUUAACUUUUACGCUAUCGAGAACGUUAAGAAACUCGCACUAAGCACACUGCUCCCUUACUCAGAGUAAAAUUAAUUUGUACCCUUCUACGCAGUGUUUUCCUUUGCAGUUAGUCUAACUGCAGUUUAUGCAUUAGUAGGUACGGCCGGCGACCGCUUUAUCAUAAUAUAAAUUCACAUUCACAACUCUUACGUCACCGAUUUGAUUCGAAAUCACGGUCACACAUUUUUUUUCUUACAUAUUGACUAGCCGAGUGAAUAUUUUAGACGUAUCACCCAAUUGCAGGUUAUAAGUGUUAUAACAUUUAGGCGAGGAAAAAACGAAGCAGAAAUAAUCAUUUGUAAUAAAUUUGAUUUUUAA